AUGAACACUCGUCCGCAAUUCGCACCAACGACUGCUAAAAGAACUCUUUCUUUCCUACCAACUUUCUGUUUCUUUCUUUCUCUCCCCCUCUUUCUUUCAAUCUUUCUCGCUCUUUCUCUCUUCCUCUACCUCCCUCUCUUUCUUUCCCUCUCUCCUUCUCUUUCACUUUCUCUUUCUCUUUCUCCAUUUUUCUCUUUCUUUCUUUCUUUCUUUCUUUCUUUCUUUCUUUCUUUCUUUCUUUCACUCUUCCACCCUAUCUUUCUCUCUAUCUUUCUCUCUCUUUCUCAUUUUUUCUCACUUUCUUUCUCUUUCUCUAUCACUUUUUCUCUCUGUUUGUCUCUCUUUCUUUAUCUCCCUUUUUUCUUUUCCUAUUCCGCCCUUUCUUUCGCUCCAUCCCUUUCUCUUCUUCUCUUCUUCUCUCUCACUUUCUUUCUCUUUCUCCAUCAUUUUUCUCUCUCUCUCUUUCUUUCUCUUUCUUUCUUUCUGUCUCUCUCCUUAUUUUUCUUUCACUCUUCCUUCCUCCCUCUCUUUCUCUCCCUCUCUAUCUUUCUCUCCCUUCCUCCUUUUUCUCUCACUUUCUUUCUCUUUCUCCAUCACUUUUUCUCUUUGUUUGUCUCUCUUUCUCACUUUCUCUAUCUCCCUCUUUUCCUUUCUCUAUUCCUCCCUUUCUUUCUCUCCCUCCUUUUCUCUUCUUCUCUUCUUCUCUCUCACUUUCUUUCUCUUUCUCCAUCAUUUUUUCUCUCUUUCUUUCUUUCUCUUUCUUUCUUUCUUUCUUUCUUUCUUUCUUUCUUUCUUUCUUUCUUUCUUUCUCCCUAUUUUUCUUUCACUUUUCCACCCUCUCUUUCACUCCCUCUCUAUCUUUCUCCCCCUUUCUCCUUUUUUCUCACUUUCUUUCUCUUUCUCCAUCACUUUUUCCAUCUGUUUGUCUCUCUUUCUCUAUCUCGCUCUUUUUCUUUUCCUAUUCCGCCCUUUCUUUCUCUCUCUCCCUUUCUCUUCUUCUCUCUCACUUUCUUUCUCUUUUUUCAUCACUUUUUCUCUCUCUAUUUCAUUCUAUCUUUCCCUCUUUUUCUUUCCCCUCUUCCGCCCUUUCUUUCUCUCCUUCUCUCCCCCUCUCUCUCUUUCUCCAUUAUUUCCUCUUUCUCUCUCUCUUUCUCGCCUUCCUGCUUUCAUUCUUUCUUAUACACAUAA